GAUAUGCUAUUGUGCAAGCUUUGAAAAAUAAACAAAGAGUCAUUUGCACCGACUCCAAUAAAGGCUUUAAGCAAUCAAAAAUACAGAGAAUUAAAAGUUCUUUUAGUGACGUUGGAUUGAUAACUGGUGAUGUUUCCAUUAAACCUGAUGCAAAUUGUUUAGAUGACUACAGA